AUGUACCAUGGAGCCGGCUUCAUUUACGGCCGAGUAUACCACUACUGCAUCGUCUACUACACGUCUUCCGUCACUAUUGACGAAUCUGACAUGCUGCAUCUGACUGCAGCUACACGCUACGUCCACGAUGUUGAAGACGUUGACGGUAUGGACGAUGCGUUGGAUGAGCAUGGAAUUUUCAACUACAAGAAAUGGUCGGUUAACAUACGGCCAGUACAUCAACCGAGUUUCGGUGAGUACGAUAUUUACCACGGGAGUCGGCGGUUUAUUGUUGCGCGUAUCAAGAAGGAGCGGACUGGAGGACGAGUGAACGAUUACGAUUACGAUGAGAAAAUUGUGCUUUGUUGCAUGGGGAGGGGAAACGAACCGAUUAAGGAACUGCUUAUCCACAUUAUGAGGUGGAGUCUUAAUAAGGCGAGCACGACAACCACAAUUUACCAGGCUCUGGAUCAGAACGGUCUCGGGAAGCGGUACCAGAAGCAGAAAGAGGAGAUCGUUGCAGGCAUCAACAAGUAUGUCAACCCUGCUACAGCGCGUUGGUACGCGACACGUGGCAUACCACAUUGCCGUAACUAUCUCUUUCAUGGGCCACCAGGAACAGGAAAGACAUUGUUGUCAUUUUCAUUGGCUGGUAUCUUCGGGUUGGACGUGUAUUGCCUUUUGCUCAAUGACGGCAUCUCUGAGUCUGAACUAAAUAUCGACGCUGUGGGUAUUCGGCGUGCGGGUCUUGCGUCUCCUAUUGUAAUUACGGAAGAUACUACAACUGUUCCCGAGGCACCCAAGAUCAAGACACAAGACAAGCCAGACAGUAUCUUGUCCAAGGCUCUCGGUAUUCUCGCAUGGCUUCUCACGCUAGUCGGGUUGCCCUUUGGCUUUUCCCACAAAUCUACGAAGCAGAAGGAACCAACGAAGACAUCCCCCUUUCCAGAGCCUUUGAAGAAAUCUACGCAUGAGGCAGUUCCGACGGAACUUGGUAAGUCAACAUCACCAUCAACACCUAAGCUGGCAAAAAACGAGUUUGGCAAGUCACUAUCGAAAAGAAUAGGUAAGUCAGCCUCAACAAAAGUCUCCGAAGGAAGCCCGGGCUCCAUAAGUCUAAGCGGACUGCGCAAUGUCACCGACAGUGUCGCUUUCCAUGAGGGACACGUGCUCAUCAUGACCACCAACGCACGAGAAAUGCUGGAUGAUGCCUUGACCCGACCAGGUCGUGUCGAUCCCCGGAUCGGCUUCACGCUCGCCACACGCGAUCAGAUCCGCGACAUCUACAUGCACAUGUUCAGCGCCACUACCGCCAUAGCCGAUAACACUUCUGCGCCCCCGGUCAUUAUGAAUGGUCAAGUACCUCCACAGGCCUUAAAGAAACAUGAGUUUCUCGGUAUACGUCUUCCCGAGAAGUCGAUCGCCGCCACAGUCGAACCGGGCAAGCUGACAGAGAUGGCACAGCGAUUCGCUGAUGCGCUACCCAAGAAGAUUUUCUCGCCUGCGGAGUUUUAG